AUGUUUAUGCUGUUGCAGAUUGUCUGCAUCCUCUCCAGCAAACUCACGGCAGUCAGUGUUAAGUUCUUAGUGUUUCUCUGCACGUGCUGUGCAGAGAAAGCUGGACCGCUGCUCUGAUGGGGAAAUGUGGAGUUUCCACGUAUUGAUGAGGAAGCGUGGUGUGAAUGGGAUCAGGGAUUCCCCCGUAACCUGUCCAUAAGAGACACAGAAACACAGAGAACUGCUGAAUGCUGCUCAUGUCCUUUGGUCUCUACUUCUGUGAGCAAAGCUCUUCACAUCAUCAUCAUCAUCAUCAUCAUCAUCAUGAUCAUCAACAGGCAGUGUCUCUUUGAUUUCAGCACAUAUAUUGUCAUGUUUUCUGUGAGAUUAUUCCUGACCUCUGCACUGCCUCUAAAGGACAGUUGUGUGGUUGUGAGUCCAGAGAUCCCGGAUUAUCGAGUUCAAGGCGAAGCGGUUAUCAUCAGAUUCCCUUUUCUUGAAGAUGCAAUUAAUUACAGGAGAUUGCGAGUGGACAACAAUUCGACCUUCCACAUCCGUCACACCAACCUGAGGAACGAGAGCCGUGUGAGGAGCGGCCGUGAUCAGGUGAUGCCGACCAAGCGCAGGAUCCUGCUCCUCCCGUCUCACCCGUCAGACUCUGGAACCUACGCCUACAUCUUCAGGACCGACACAUUCUGCUUCACUGGGAGUAUUACGGUAAUGAUCUAUGAGGCAGAGGAGCCGAACAUGACUGUAAUGCCCUACAGCGCACGUGCAGGAGAAGAUACAGAGAUCGUUUGUCCCCAUUUGAAACACUUCAAAAGGUCAGAAAAUCCAAAGUGGUACAAGGAUUUUCAGAGCACAGCUCUCCCUAUUGGCACAGGACAGUAUUCAAUCAAUAAAGGCAUAAUUCUGGCCAUCAAAAACAUCUCUGUCAAAGAUGAGGGCUUCUACACUUGUAGGCUAAGUGUGAUUUUCAACAAUACCCAGUAUAACGUGAGCAGGACCUGGAGAGUUCAAGUGUCAGUCCCAGUAUCAGAUGGUCCUGCACCGGAAGCUGUCACCUGUAACAGUCUCAGUGCUUUCACAUCAUCAAGUCAUUCAUUCCCUUACAUUGUCUUUCCUGCCAACGGAUCCUUCACUGAAAGUCAUGUAGGCUCACAUUUGGUGAUCCAGUGCAUGGUGUCUAUUGGAAACCAACCCGCUCAGUCCACAGAUGUGACAUGGCUGGUUAAUGACCAGCCAGUUGAAAACUCUAGCCUGGGCGGACGUGCAUAUCAGAAGGAUAAGAGUAUCACAGGCAACCAUCUUGAGGUGCAGCUGGUUAUCUUUGAGAUUCUGGAAGAGGACAAUGGAACAGAACUGAAGUGCAUAUGUCAAAACAAAGACCAGAAACAGGAAGUUGUGACUCAAAUCAAACUGAAAGACUCAGAAUCUUUGUGGUUGGUGGUAGCUGCUGCAUCCUCCUGUUUCAUAGUAUUGGUGUGUGUUUUUGCAUAUCAUUUAUCCCAGAGGCCACAGAAACGACGGGACUACGUUCUGGCUCGACAGAGCAGCUCCAUUUGAAGAUGGCUUCCACGUCACAUCUUCAACAGUGCAACCGUCUUCAUCAUGUUUUAGUUACUUUGAUCUUUUGUGUUGAAUUGUUUUUUUUGCUAGAUCUUGGCGGCUCACAGUUGAGUCCCUCUCUAACUGUUUUCUGGUGUUUCUUGCAGACAUUACUCCCACAUACGUGCUCCUGUGUUUUUAGUUGUUUUGUAUGCAUAAUGGCAAGUUUAGUUUCUUGUUUCUUUGUGUUUUGCUUUAAAAUAAAGCUGCACUUUGAUCCAUACAACUUCUGCUUCUUGAGCUAUUAUUACAACACCUGACAGAUUUGUCAUCUUUUUUUGUGAAAACACAUUAAUAGGAUAUAACAAAAUUUCAUCAGACGUUAGCAGACAACAAGUCUGAUUUAGCCAUUAUUAUUUUAUAUCAACUUCUCCAUUAUUUCAGACAUAUAACACAUACUGUUACUUCUGCCCAGUUUAAGCCGU